AUGCCCCCAAAGGGGGUAGCUGCAUUCAGGCAUUGGCUUAAACACAAAGAUACAUAUGGUCCCGUGAGCAGCGUCAGCGUCCUGGGGCAACCUCUCAUCCUUAUUCAUGACCGCGAGGCAGCGCACUACCUUUUCGACAAGUCAUCAGGAAAAUCCUCGGGACGCCCAUCAGCCAACUUUGGAGGUAGAUUGUGCGGUUUUGACCAGAUUUUGAGUCUUCAGCAAUAUGGGGAUACCUUCAAGCGUCAUCGCAAAUUGGUACACCGGCAGAUGGGCACGAGGGCGGGAGCUGCAAAGUUUCGCCAGAUCCAAGAUGUAGAAUCACAUCGAUUUCUGCUGCGCUCUCUUGAUAAUCCUGAUCCUUUAGUGCAUUUGGUCGAGUUUAUGGUGGAAGGUAUCAGUAUCGUGGUUGUCCCAAUGAAAUUCGUGGUAGACUUUCUUCCAUGGCUCGAGUACAUCCCGGAAUGCCUACCAGGCAUGUCUUUCAAAGCCCGAGCUCGCCGAUGGAGAACUAUACUGAACAACACUAUCGAGGCUCCUUAUCAAUUUGUCCGACAGCAAAUGGCCAAGGGGAUCCAGUUCGAAUCAUAUGUAUCCUCCCUCCUCACACAAGAAAAGCUAAAAGGUGGAAACGACACAUUGGACGAGACAUACGAGGCUGAUAUCAAGCGCACGGCUGCGAUAAUGUAUGCUGGUGGGGCCGACACAACAGUGUCGACUAUUCAGAGCUUUGUCUUAGCUAUGAUGGUUUACCCAGAGGUCCUCAAGAAAGCCCAAGCUGAGAUUGACAAUGUCAUUGGUCCUGACAGACUGCCAGGAUUCGAAGAUCGAGAGAACUUGCCAUAUAUCAAUAGCAUGGUCAAGGAGUCACUCCGAUGGAUGCCGGCCGUGCCAAUGGGCGCAGCCCACAAGGCCGACGAUGACAUCUACUAUGGAGACCUAUGCAUUCCAAAGGGAUCAUUUCUACUGCCCAAUGUAUGGUGGUUCCUCCACAACCCAGAAACCUAUCAAGACCCGGAACGCUAUGACCCUGAUCGGUAUCUCGAACCCCGAAAUGAACCGGAUCCAGAUAGCAACUGUUGGGGAUAUGGUCGUCGCAUCUGUCCUGGUAGAUUGCUGGCCGAUGAGAGUAUUUUUAUUGUCAUCGCUCGUGUUGUAGCAGCAUUUGACAUCGAAAAGGAUGUCGAUGAACAAGGAAACACCAUAGAGCCCAAGGUAGAGUUCACGACGGAGGGGGCAUUGAGUCGCCCUGUCGACUACCCUUACAGGAUCAAGCCAAGGAAUGCAAAGUGUGUGGACCUGAUUAGAGCUGUGGAGAAGGAACAUCCAUGGGACAAGGGUGACGCCAGUCUUCUCCAGCAGGAUAUGGUCGUACUGUGA